AUGAGCUCGAGGGUGCUCGCUUCGCGGGCCGCGCAGGCCCCUCUCAAGCGGCAUCCAGCCGUUGUAGGUACCGGUGAUGAAGCCCAUCCGACCCCUCGCCGGUGUUUCUCCUCGUCAUGCGAUCGCAGAGUUAAUCAGAGCGCCGAGUUCUCCUCCACCAGCCAAAGCUACGACCGCCUCGGCCGACGAGCGAAGGAGAAGUUGCUUGAUAGGGAUUUCUUCAUGAGCUUGUUGAACUCGGCAUCUACCAAGCGGGAAGCCAAAUCUUACCUUGCGCGGCUCAAGGCCCAACACCCGGCGAAAUCGCAGAAGAAACCGUCGAACACACCGAUCGAGCAGAAUAUCGUCGAAUCACUACCUUCCGGAGUUAAUCUGGGGUCUUUCUACGGCGCAUCGCGAUCUGUGUACCAGAGUCCUGUUUUUAGACAAGAUUCAACGCCAGCGCCGGCGCGUGAGGACGUACCAGAACGACUACACCUGGCCUUGGUCAAGAUCAAGACGCCUCAGCUGCUGGACGAUACCACCUUGAAUGGGGUGGCUAGAACGCUAUCACAGAUCAACCGGCUGGGUUUGGCCUGUUGUGUGGUGGUCGAUCCCGGCCCGGAUGGCGAUGCGCAUGCCCUGCGAAAGGUGGCUACAGAACAGAUAGGCCGUAUUGCGACAGCUGUCGAUGCUCAACCAGACUCGAAAUCCUCGCAUCUCUACUCGGUAUUGUCAUUCUCGGCGAAUAGACCAGACGUACCAACAGUUUCGUCCCGAAAACAGCUCCUGGGUCCCUUACGAGACGGUCAUAUUCUAAUCGUUGCGCCAAUUGCUUACACCGAGGAUACACCAAAGGCCGUGAUUGUUCCCGCAAACGAUGCCGUUCUUGCUUUGACAAAGGAGCUGGCGGGGCUGGCUACAAUGCCGGAUCCUGAUGAGGAUCCUAUGGUCACAGCUCAAAAGAUUGGUGACUUACAAAAGGAAGUGUCUUUGGACCGCGUUAUCCUCUUGGAUCCUCUGGGCGGCGUUCCAGCUUUUAGGGGACCCCAAACAUCCCACGCCUUCAUUAAUAUGGACCAAGAGUUCGAAAACAUUGAGCGUGAGCUGCUACAGGUUCGCAAGCCAGCAACUGAGAGCCAGGGGGCGAGUACGGCUGCAGAUCCAAUCUCAGAUAGUAACCCGCUCUCAAAGUUUACCAGCACUGAGAUUGCGUCUACGCCUGCUAAACAAGCGCUACUAUCUCUCAGUGUUGGCGAAGAUACUAUCGACGGCCACUUGGAUAACUUGCGGUUAUCACAACAAACACUCGCUAUGCUUCCGUCCGCAUCAUCUGGAAUCAUUACUUCUCCGGUCGAGGUUGCGAAUUCCGCGCGUUCACCCGAAAUGUCCCCAUCUGAGCUGUCAGUCGGCACCCGGCGACAGAGAAACCCUCUGAUCCAUAACCUUCUCACAGACAAGCCUCUGCUUUCAUCAUCUCUACCUCUGAGUCGACGCGCGCGCGGCUCGCUUCAUCUCCCUGCUCCUCCAACCACGUUCGUCAAGCGAGGCAUGCCUGUCAGCCUUAUUCCGGACCCUCGAGUCCAGAUAUGGACGGCACAGACGCGCCCGAGCAUGAACCUGGACGAUCCUACAAUCGAUCUGCCUCGGCUCUUACAUCUGAUUGAAGACUCAUUCAACCGCAAGCUUGACGUGAAGGACUAUCUCAACCGGGUAAACGGCCGCUUGGCUGGUUUGAUCAUUGCCGGUGAAUAUGAAGGCGGUGCUAUAUUGACCUGGGAGCUUCCUCCCGGCGUGCCAGACGACGGAAGCGAGGCCAGUACGGCUAGGAUGGUGCCAUACCUCGAUAAAUUCGCGGUCCUCAAGCGCAGCCAGGGUGCCGGCGGCGUUGCGGACAUUGUGUUCAACGCCAUGGUACGGACAUGCUUUCCCAACGGAGUAUGUUGGCGUAGCCGCAAGGACAACCCGGUGAACAAGUGGUACUUCGAGCGGUCAUUGGGAACUUGGAAGCUCGCUGAUACCAACUGGACUAUGUUCUGGACGACUCCUGAUCUGCCCGACCAGCCGCAGAUGUUCCGGGACUAUGAGGCUGUUUGCCGGAGCAUCCAGCCGAGCUGGGCGGAUGAUACAGGAGUUGUUGAUUGA